CUUUGUGUUUAUUUUUUGUUUAAGAAUAAGGACCGUCGCCGUCCUGUGACACCUCAUUGCGUGCCCUCCUCACUGCUCUAAUGCCAGCUGAUACUUUCUGCUUUCCUCAUAUCCUGCCUACCUCAGGAUGGCAUCAGCUGUUCUCUGCGAUGGAUGCCAACACGGAGGAGUCCCCUGCACUACGUGCUGACGGCAGCAGGCACUGUUGGUAGCUGGGGAAGUGCUGCACUCCAUAUUUUGCAAACAUUGCUGCUUUUUUUUUAAUUUUAUUUUUUUAAGGAUCGUUAAAGGGACUUGAGCUGUGCCCUUAGGUGACAUUAGACUGCCCUGUAAUGAUGGAGCUGUUGGCUUGUCCAUGCUGCCAGCACCCUCUAUGGGACCCUGUGACUGUCCCCUGUGGGCACACUUUCUGUAAGAGGUGCCUGCAAGGAGCAGCCAGGGGCAGAUGCCAGGUCUGCAGAACCAAGCUGAAGAUCUCAGGGGAGCAGGAGCUCAGAUGUAACACCCUGCUGUCCGAUCUGCUGGACAAGUGCCUGGACCCCCACACCAAAAUCAACAGGAUCACAAGGGACCUCCGCCAUCUCAUCGCCCAGCAGAAGUACGAAGAGGCUGGGAAGGUGGCCUGCAAGGCUGUUACCCUGGCGCCUCAGGACGUUCCUUUAAGAAUACUUCGUUCCCAGGUAUAUGUGUCUUUAAAACAGUUCCCCGAAUCUUUGCGAGAAGCAGACGUGAUCUGUAAUUUGCAGCCUCAGGACCCAGAUGGUUUCUACAGAAAAGGAGUGGCUUUACUCAACAUGGAAAAGAAAGAAGAGGCUCUCAUUCAUUUCCAGCACUGCAUGAAACUGAGGCCGCAAUUCCCUGAAGCCCGUCAGGAAAUUGAACAGAUGCUGAAAGAUUUUGGUUGCCCUGUGCCUUCUUCUCUGGCUGAUCUACUGCAUGAGGUGUCUCAAUACUUGAAGUUGUCCUCUGUGGACAUUACUGCUAAUGUGAUCCCCGUCCACACCAGCAGUAUAGAUGUAAAGCUUGAAGACAAUGAAAAGACCUCCCUCACAGAGCCCCCUGGUAAUGGAAUGACAAAGUCAGCUGACAUAAACCAGGAGCAGGGAAAGAGGAAGGAGCCAGAUGAGCCGGCCCCCCCAGAAACUUACAGACUAAGUAAGCAUUUCAAAUUAACAGAUCAUGAAGAAGAUGGUACUCAGAAAAUCUGCCCCUAUCCAUCCCUAAAAGACCUGCUGAGUCUUUCUGAUGUGGAAUGUUCCCUUUGUAUUAGGAUGUUUUUGGAGCCAGUCACCACACCAUGUGGCCACACCUUCUGCAAGGAGUGCCUGUUACGCUGCCUGGACCACCAGCCCUACUGCCCAUUGUGCAAGCAGAGCUUACGAGAGUACUUGAGAGUGGGCGGUUAUGCUGUCACUGCUCUUCUGAUGAACCUCAUGGAAACCAUAUUUCCUUCUGAGAUGGCUGACAGAAAGCAAGUUCAUCUUACAGAGAUUGCUGAGCUGUCUAACCUGGUCAGCAAUGUGCCAAUCUUUGUGUGCACGGUGGCCUUUCCUGGAGUACCCUGUCCUCUCCAUGUUUUUGAACCACGUUAUCGCCUCAUGAUGCGUCGAUGCCUUGAAACUGGGACCAAAAGCUUUGGCAUGUGCCUUUAUGAGAGUGGGAAGAGCUUUGCAGACUAUGGUUGCAUGUUGGAGAUCUUGCACUUGGACUAUUUGCCUGAUGGCCGAUCACUGGUGGAGACAAUUGGCAAGAGACGUUUCCGUGUGCUGCAGAGAGGUCAGUUGGAUGGUUAUCACAAAGCGGAGAUAGAGUACCUGUCAGACAUGAAGGUGGAGGGAGAAGAGCUGGAUGAGCUGCAGAGAUUACAUGACAUGGUAUACCAACAACUGGAGGAAUGCUUCUCACAGCAGAGAGGGAGUCUGCCCCGACGUAUCUUCAUGCAUCACACCAGCCCACCUCCAAAGGAAGACAGCAUACAGGCAUCUCCAGAUGGUCCGUUCUGGUGUUGGUGGCUCUUGUCCGUCUUGCCCUUGGAUCCAGUCUAUCAGACGCUAAUUAUUUCCAUGACUUCAUUAAAGGAGAGGCUUUUCCAUCUGAAGCACAUAUUAUCUGUCUUCCUCCAGAGUCCCUCCUAAGCUCCUAAAGGAUUCUAUGCCAUAAUGAGUAUAAUUUAAGAAGAAAUAAAGCAUACACUUUCGAAUUUUGCACCAUCCGUCCAUAAGGGAUAACCUUUGCUCAGUUGACAUUGCUGCUUUUACUCUCCAAGUAAUGGUAAUUUAGUACAAGAACAAUGUUUUCACUGGAACCUUAUUGGUCAUCAAAUAUGUAAUAUCCCCAAAACCUUCAGAUAAGGGUUGAUAACCCUUAAGUAAUGGAUAUACUUAUUGAUUCAGUGGCUUUACAAUUUAGCUAGAAUUUUUUCUUGUAUUUGCCUCAGUGGAAACUAUAUAUGUUAUUAAGGUGUUCUAAUUUUUUUUCUGUUCUUCUACUUUUUUGAACUUGGCUUCUGCCAUCUUGCUCACUCUUUCUAUUGUCUUUUUGUCUGCAAAUCAUUGGCCAAACUUCUCAACAAUGAUUUUACAAUGCUACAGCUGCCUUUCACAUAAUUUAAUUGUGUAUUUUAUUUAGUUUGUGUAUUUAUUCUUGAAAUUUAUUGACAGACCCUAGCAUAUGUAGCUCUUAGUAAGUUUUGCUACAAGGGAAGUGAGAUUUUCUAAGUGCAGUUCGGCACUACCUUAAUCAGUGAACAUGUUCUUGCAGUAGUGUCUAGUUGGCACUCUUGCACUUUAUUAUAAACAGCCAUUUUUUUCUAAUUUUAUCAAUUAAAAAUACUUGUUGUAAAUUGUAUGUUUGAUGUAUAUCUUGAAAUUAACAGGGUAACUUUUGGAUAUAAAAGAAUAUAUUGUAUUUAAAAUAUUGCCAAAUGAUAGUGGAGCAGAUAAAGUGACUCUUUAAAGAGUCACUUAGCUUCCCUCUCUCCCCAGUAGCAUAUAUACUGUCCACUCUUAGCUCACUUGCCGCUCCAUUCGGCACCAACGGGUAUGGAUGAAGGUGUGAUUUACUCAUGCUUUUCCAUGUGCCAGCGAUAGGUGUCUUCUGAUUGGCCCAGUGCUGUCACACGGGGCAGGGAAAGGAAUCUAUAGGCCUGUGUAAGUUCUGACAAAUCAGGCGGUUAUCCAGAACUUUUUUUCUGCCUUUGGUGCCAAAACAGAGCGACACGGAUAUGAGGAUGGUUAUUAUAUGCUGCUGGGAUUGGGGCGUUAAGCAAUUCUUUUACUUUCCCCUGCAUGGGUAAAGGAAAGGGUCACUUUAGAAAGGACAUGAAAGUUUUGCCCAAAGCAACCAAUCAUCCUGAACUUUGGCAUCUGCCAGCUGUUUAUGAGUUACUAUUUAACAGUCCUAAACAUGUGAACUAACCUAUAAUGUUAGGAGCCUCAUGCUCAGCAUGUCUAGCUGUCACUAGGGGGCACAGAACAUAGCCCCCCCAGCUCAGACUAUCCUUUCGGCUUCAGAAAUGGAGACAGAACUGUUAAUCAUUUUUCUAUUCGGAUCUUUAACAGCUCUGUCUCUAGAUACUAUAUACAAGUUUUAUGUAGAAUGGAGUUCAGGGUAAAGCUGUUUUUUACUUGUGUAUGGAGCCUGGCGGGCUGAAUUACACGCUUGCUGCUUACAUGUUUUGGAACCCUAUGAGUGGAAUUGCUUUGGCCAACAAUACCAGUCUCACUCCUCAAGCUGCAUGGCAGGAGUGUCAUGCUUUCUACUGAAGUUAACAGAUAAAAUUAUCCCUUUGCUUUCUCCUUCUGUCAGAAUUAUCCUUAUCAGCAUAUUUGAUUUUUAUGCAACACUCCUGAUUGGCCUUGACUACCACCCUACCCUCUCCCAGUGUGAGCACAGCAAUAAGGCUGACCAUAGGGUUGGAGGAAAGAAAUUUGCAUGAUUCCCCCAUCAACACAGACAGGGUCUUCUCCGGGCAGGAGGGCAGGCAGGGGAAGACAGUGAUUAUCGCUAGCGUCUCGAUCAACGUGGUACAUUCAGCGUUUCCAUUAAUGGUGAACCGGCUGAGCUUCGAAUGGUCUAUGGACAGCCUAAAGUAGAUUACAAGAGGUUAAUACCUUAGGCCUCUGUGGAAGACAAUGAGAAGUGGCACACCAACAACACAGCCCAGUCAUCAUGUAGUCAGUUAUGACCUCAAUGACUAAGCCAGUGGGAGGGUGAAACACGUCAAAGGGGCAUGGCUUUCGUAACAGACAGGCUGAAGCCAAUUCUCUCUACAUGGUGACUGUGCUGUAUUGGCAUGCAGCUUCUCAUUGUCUUCCACAGACUCUUUUAGUGGACUAAGAAAGCCCCUUGAAUGCCAGCACCCAACAGCCAUGGAAUCACUGGGCUGCUGUAAGUUGGCGCUUGCAGUGGCGCUCUCUAAAAGGGCAUGAAUUGUACUUGCCUUACUCCAGCUUCAACAAUGCAGAGGGGGACAUUAUUACAUAUUUUCAAGGUAGAUGGAUAGACAUAUAUAGCAGGCACUAUGCAGGUGACACAUCUGUCAAACUACAGAUCACUUAACAGUACUAUGUGUGUGCCAUUCAGUAUAGGACUUCUCCACUCAACAUGCUGCUGAUGACUCUCCCAGUCUGUACUGUAAUUCUAAGGCACUGCACAUCUAGUAUGCCAUAUCCAUUUAUUUUGUGGGUGUUUUGUAAAGGCUUAAAAAUGUAUAGCUAUGUUUGUUAUCUAAAUGGUCAGGUAGAAAAUAAUUGCAGUUAUACACUUCAAAUAUAAAAGACACCAAGGUCAUUAGAGGGAGCUAUUCUUACAGCAUUCAGAUUAGGUUGAAUCUAAAGAAAUGCUGGUCUGCUCCACAAAAAGGCUGCUUCAUCUGUGGAAAGCAGAUUGGCAAACUCUGUGUUUAAUAAUGUUGCAUUUUUAAAUAUUGGUUAUUUCUUUAUUUAUAUUUAAAUCUGCUGACUUUACAGGAAAUAGCUGUAAAUUGCACUGUUUUUUUCCCAUAUGAUUUUUGUAGCUUUCUGUGUGCUACUGCCUUCUUUAAUAUAAAUCAGCAAGGCAGAACUGUACAGGAUUAUAUGGAAUACUGCAGUUAGCAGUGUUGAAAGGGCAUAGCGAGGGCGUUGUGCCACAAAAUUAUUUUUAUAUAUUCUAACAUGUAAAAACAUACAAAGAACUUUUGAUGCAGCAUAACCUUUAGCAACCAAUUAAUCAGAUGAGUUUUUCCCACACAUUUGGUAAAUAAAAUGUAACAUCUGU